CUUCAUCUGAAAACUUCAAAAUUUAUAGUACAUCACAGUUUAAUUGAUUUUCCAGUGGCUUUUGAUUCCUAAAAUCUGAAUUGCGAUCAAAGGCAUAUUAUUCAGAUGGAGCAUGCCAAUAACAACGGAAACAACUUGGCAAACUAUAAGUCCUCAACGAUUGCUUAGAAAAAGUAGUGCGAGAUUUCGAAAAGUUCCGGAGAAGGUUAGGGGCAAGUAGGACUGGUACCAUGACGCUUGAAGAGCUUAUCGACAUAUUUAUAACCGGUGGAGUGAACUCACCUGGAGAUUUUAACGAGUCCGGAAGCAUGGUGCCUCCACAUCAGGAUCAAUCUGCUGCUCAUGGCCUCAACUUCGACACGGAAGUUUACUUAACCGACAUUCUGCCUGAUGAAAUAACUGUGGACCUGAACCAAAAUGACACUGGAAGUUUUCCAGACUCCUGUCCAGCUGUGAACACAAACUUGUGUGAGGGAGCAGGAGGCAGCGGCAGCAGAGUGACGCGCAUAAGAUACGGUGAUCUCAAGUGUCACGGGGUGGCUGAUCAGAUUAUUGGCAGUUCUAGCGCUGAAACUGUGUUUCACUCGGUCAUGAAGUCUUUCAGAACUCCACGUGCAGGAAGGAAGAACUUGUGGAAGCAGGAACACGUUAAGAAAAAUGGCAAUGGGACCACUAGCAGGAAAUACAUCAAGAAGAAAUAUAAAGAGAUUAUAUGCUCACCAGAUGGAAACGACAACGACAAUGACAAUGACAACGACAACAUUAAAGAACAAUGAGGUGGUGCUAAAGGCUAAAGCACAUGCAUAGAGACAGGUUCCGUAAGGUUACGAGAAGAUCAAUCUACCUCCAGAACCACAGGGAAGGACCAUCUCAGAUCCUGAACAAAUCUCAUUCAUGGACAAUAAUAAAAAAGUGUCAGUGAGGAGAACUGCACUUGUAUAUUAUGACUUGAGAGUCAUUAUUGUACAAAAUACCUAGGAUGCAAUACAUUGGAACAGUAGCCAACUUUGAGUUACACAUGAUACAUAAGUGCUUAGAUCUUAUGAGUA